CCUACCUGUUGCUCGAUGGUGAAGGUUGUGUUUUGUUACCUGCUCUCAAAAAUCUCACGUUACUCUUUUUUUUUUUUCUUUUUUUCUUCUAUUCUUUCGAGAAAAAGAAAAAUCAAACGUGCCGAUCAUCAAUGUUAAAAGCUUAUAACACAUCAUUGAAAAAAUCAACCCUUAUAUAUAUGCCUAGGAAUUUUUAAAAUCUGGAAAAAUUCUUUUUCCACAUCUUUUCUGGAGCAAUUAUGACUAGUUUCAGUUUUGUGUAUGUGUGAGUGAAAAAUGUGACUCAAAAAAAAUGUGUGUGGAAAAAUCUAUGCGAUCGAUUAAUAAAAGACUAUGCAUCACACUGGAGAGAACGAGAGAGAUAAAUGAGUUGGAUGCUAAUUAAAGUGUAAAUUAUCUUGUUCUCAAAGUGCCAUAUAUUAAUUUAAUUAAUUGGAAAAUAAAUUUAAAAAAAAAUUUCGGUACCUCGACAGACUUAGUGCCUCAGUUGCUUGGGAUGUUCGACGAGCUUGCAAGAAGGGGGAAUGGCUACACGAAUCAUGUAGUCCUGCCAUCAUCCUGCAACAUACCAGCAGCCCUACAAAAACGUCUCAGCUUGGUCUCACAAUCUCAUCGUGAAUCCAUAUUGGGUCCUUUGUGCUCUUCCGAAUCAAUGAUCAACAACUCCAAUUGGGAAGAAGUAACAAACGAAAUGGAGUCUAAUAAAUCCCAAGAUGGUUCGAAUAAGUUGGAAGCAUCAUUAAUGUGCAGCAACAUUAAUUCCAAAAUUGAUAAGAAUGAUGACACUGUUUCAUCACAAAGUACACUCAAGGAACGUUCAGUGUCCGAUGACAAGUCACUUUAUCAAAAUAAUAAUAAUAAUGAUUUAACAGCGCUUCGUUAUAAUAGACAUCGAAGAACGGGAAGUCGGCCAUUAUCCGGAAGUUCCAUUGCUUCCAGUACAUCAUCGAGUGGCUGUAGUAAUCAGGAAAAUACGUGCCCUGCUAAUCCCUGCUUGACCUCUGUCGAAUCACUUGCUGACACUUGUGCCAGUUCUCAAGGCUCAGGAGACAGCGGUGUGGUUGUAACAGUUUCUGAAGCUAGUUGUCGAAUUGAAGAUGGAAAUAGUAUAAAAAAUAAUCCUCUAUUACAUCAUAGGCCACGAUAUUGUGAUCCCCAUAGAAAUCCUGUCGAAAGAGUUCUCGUUGAAAUUGUCGAUACCGAAGCUAUUUAUGUUGAACAUCUUCGACAAGUCAUUCAAGGGUAUCUUAUAUUUUGGCGAGACGAUCCAGCUUCACUAGUACAUCAUUUACAACUUAAUGAUUUAUUUAGCAAUAUUGAAGAUAUUUUUAAAUUUAAUAGUCAAUUUCUUACCGAAAUAGAAAAUUGUGGAUUAGAUCCAAUUUGCGUGGCAAAUACUUUUAUUAAACACAAUUCAGGAUUUAAAGUUUACACUGAGUAUUGCACAAAUUAUCCAAGGACAGUUUCAGUAUUAACGAAACUUAUGAGUCAAGAGGAAUUAGCGAGUGCUUUUAAAGAACGACAAGCAGCACUGGACCAUGCUUUACCCCUCGGAGCAUAUUUGUUAAAACCAGUUCAGAGAAUUUUAAAGUACCAUCUACUUCUAAAGAAUUUAUCAAAAGAGUACGGUGCUGGUUAUUAUGACAAAGAGAACCAAACUGAAGGCAGUAAAGCGAUUGAAGGUGCUCUAGAGGCGAUGAACGGUAUUGCGGAUCAUAUCAAUGCUAUGCAAAAGAAACACGAACACGCUGUGCGAGUUCAAGAAAUACAGUCUCUAUUGUAUGGCUGGACAGGUCCUGAUUUAACAACAAGUGGUGAAUUGGUCGCAGAAGGAAGAUUUCGAAUGAGAGGAGCCAAAGCUCCAAGGCACGCUUUCUUAUUUGAGAAAAUGCUUCUCCUCACCAAAAAAAAGGAAGAUGGUCUACUUGUUUAUAAAACUCAUAUUAUGUGUUCAAAUCUUAUGUUGAUUGAAAGUAUUCCUGGUGAACCUUUCAGCUUUCACGUCAUCCCAUUUGAUAAUCCACGAUUACAAUAUACGUUACAGGCGCGGAAUUUAGAACAAAAGAGAGAAUGGACUCUACAGAUAAAGAGCGUGAUUUUAGAGAAUUAUAAUGCUGUGAUACCUUCACAUGCGAGACAAUUGGUCUUGCAAAUUGGGCAAAGGCAAUCUGAAGAAGACUGUAGCACGAUAGACAAAGUUUUAGCAAAGAAACAAUAUUCAUCACCGCCGGAAUAUUUAGAAAAGCGGAAGCAAGAAAGAGAGAGGAGAAGAUCGGAAACUGGUGUUCGACAAAAAUUAAAGAAAGGAAGAAAAAUUGAUGAUAAUUCUUCUCUCGCAAACCAAACUGAAGAAAAUGGAUCCAGAGAACAAAGUCUUAAUAGAUCAUGUGAUACACGUGCCUCGAAAGUUAAGGAUCGUUUUACAAGCUGGAGACGAAAAUCUGAACCUGGUUUUCAAUCUUAUAUCAGUUUAAAUAUGUCCGAUGAGGAACAAAAAGAAGAUCCAGUCGAUACUGAAUUUGGAAAUACAGAAAGCGACUGCACUAUUGUGACAAAUGAAGACGAUAAUUCUACAAUAAAUUCUGAAAAUAAUUCAUCAAUUUCCGAGACCAAAGAUACAAAUGAUCAACAAGAACCUCAACCACAAACGGUAGAAGAAAUUGUUGGUCAUAUUCUUAUGCAAAAUCAAGAAUUCCAAAAGCUUAUCGAAAAACAAAGAACAAGUAAUCUUAUGAAUGUGAGACAACAACGCUUCAAUAAAUGCAUAUCAGUUGAUAGUUCCGACGAAAGUGAUACAGAAAAUACCAACUACUCUCAAGACUCCACCAAUAAUCGAAAUACACGUUUGAGAAAUUCUUGUACACGACGUGAACAAAGAUUUGUUCGUACAAAUAAUGUUUGGAAUUCACUUUCUUCAAUGCCACAACGAAUUAGUCCAUCUCUUCGAUUACGUUAUGAUAAUUUUCGAUCAGCCGAUGAUAAACAACAGGAGCAGAAAAAAACAAAUCGUAUUCAGGAGAAAAGAGCAAUUUUCGAAGCAUUCAAACGGCAGAGUAUCGUCACUGAGAGUAAAAUUAUUAAAACAGCACUUCAAAUACGAGAAAAUUCAACUUCAAGUACAGAAGAAAAUCAAAAGGAAAUAACUGCGACAGCCGAUGGGGAAAAUAUUGAGGCUAAAGGUUUUGAGAAUUAUGAUAAUUUACAAAAUGUUUGGGAAAGUUUGAAAGAUGUAAAGGAUCAAGAGGGUAAUAAUGAUAGUCCAACGAGGCCGGCAGUCUGGUUGACGAAGCUUUGUGAAGGUUUACCAGUCUCGCCACAAAAAAGCGGAUCGCUACCUCGUAGUUUCCAAAUUAGUCCAACGUCUUGUCUUCAUUCAACAACAAAACCGCGAUUUCUACAGCGUGACGGUAAACCAAUGAGUGAACGUCCAUUUACAAUUGCGUCUGAUAAACCAGCUGAGAUCAACUUGGAAGAUAUGGAAAGAUACGCUUCCACUUGUCAAACGGGAGGACGAAUUGCCAAGUUUCCCACUUCUAUCUCAACAUCAUCUUCAAAUUUCUUCUGCUCACUUCAUGAUUCAAUGACUGAUGCAUAUUCUGAAUUACAUGUCGCUCCUACUAUUACCAAUGUUCAUCCAGAUCACAAAAUUUACAGGCCCAAUGGAAGUGGAACAAUAUCCUUAAAAAAUGUUCUCUCAAAAGCCGGAAGUAGAUUACAAGGUCUGCGAUCAACAGCCAGCAGUGAAACACUAGAGUACAGUGACGAAUUGGAAAGAACGAAAUUUUAUCGCUCUAUCAAUGGUGGUAAAACAAAAAAGAAGAAUAAAUUCAAAUUGUCCCGAGAAUCAUCAUCAGACGUUGAGGAAAUGGUUAGUCAUAUUGCUAACAGUUCGAAAAUUUCAAGAAGUCCUUUACAUUACUACAAACAGGGAAGUUCUCGUUUGGGAGCUCGUAUCGCUCAAUCCGAUUAUGCUGAUCCAUCAACUCUUUUCACUGAAAAUAAACGAAUGGAACUUGCCACAUCUAAACAAAAUCUUUUAGAGAAAAAAGAUUCUAACGAUAAAUCAAUAAUAAAAGAUCGAGAAUUUAAUGAAUGUAAAACAAUUGAUGAAAAAUUUGAAGAGAAACAAGAUGAGAAAAAAUUCGAAAGACAAGAUAGUGAGAUGGAUAGUUUUUAUGAAAGAUCAUUUGAAACAAUAGAAAAUUAUAUUGAUGUCGAUGUUGAAGAUGCUUUUCGUGAUAGUGCAAUAUUUAGUGAUGGUGAGGAUACAUUGACAAUAAGAUCAUCACUUAUUGAAUUUGAUGAAGCAAUAAAUCGAGUGCCAAUUAAGUCAAAAAUUGCUCCUCCAAUACCGGCGAAAAAAAGAUCGUCACCAAAAAUUGGAUGCGAUGUUAAAUUAAAACCCGUAAUUAUGCAAAAACCGGAACAUUUGAAAUUGAGGACAAAAAUGUUUAAAAGUCCCGAUUUAAAUAAAUCAUCUAAUUCUUCGAUGCAAUCGGAAAAUGAAAGUAAUAAAAUUCCAUUAUCGGAAAUCGAAGAUUUUGAUGAUGUUUCUGCAGGUCAAAGUCAUGCAGGAUGGGUUAAAAAAAUGGUAGGUCAAUUGCAAAGUCGAAAUGAAACGUAAUUACAUUUCACAUUUGCUUAUUUAAUUAUUUUUUUUUUUAGGCAAAUUCAAUAUAUGAAUUGCAUAAUCAGAGUUAAUUUUAAUUAAUGACGAUUUAAAGUUUUUUAAUUAUGAAAAAUGGGAAUUUUUUAAUUAUUAAUUAAUUAAUCGUUAUAUGAAUUUUGUGAAAUUAUAAUAUUUUUAUCUAUUCAUGUGCAUGUUAUCUUGUAUUUAAGUUUUUAUAUAUCAUUUUCCAAAAACGACUUUAUUUAUUAAUCAUUUGUUGAAUUUUUUUGGAGAAAUUAAUAAUAAUAUAUUGAAUCGUCAGAAAUAUUUACGCAAAAUUUAUAAAAUAUAUUUAUGAUAUAUGAAGUCAAUUUUUGAAAUAUAUAGAAAAAUAUUAAACGAAAAAUGCAUUGAAACAUUUUUGCGUUUUAAGAAAUAUUUCGACGACUCUUAGAGCGUCCCUUGUGCCUUAAAAAGAAUGUGCGAUAUAAUCUCAAAUAUUUUUUAUCUUCGCUCCAUUCUUAUCAAUGCUAAUAUAUAUAUAUAUAUAUAUAUAUAUUUAAAAGUAUUGUGAAAAAAAUGAAAAACCAUUAAAUGCGACCUGUAAAUAUAUAUAAUUAGAAAUAAGUUUUUCUGUUCCGAUAGAAGAAAAAAGUACUGAUAGGAUUGAAGUCUGAUUAAAAAAAAAAAAAAGAAAAAAAAAAAAAAAAGAUUGAUCUUCCAAUGUUGAUUAUUAUUAUCGUUGCAGUAACUAUUUUCACAUGUAAAUUUUUAAUAGUAAUAGUUUAACUAACAAUCAAAUGUUUUUAUUCUCGCUUUAAGCAUUAUUGCAAACUUCCUGUGAAUUCUCUCGAUAUGAGAUAAAUCAUAUAAAUAGUUUAAUUCAUGAGAAAAAUUAAAGUAUGUACUUAAAUUUUACAAACAAAAUCGAACAACAAUUUUUAACAUUUUUAUGACAAUAAAUGAAAAUUUUAAAAAAUGUUUUGUUUAAUUACUUAUACUUAUAUAAUUGGUUGAAUUUUGUUUUUUUUUUUUUAUUUUUCGAACAGAAAGGUGAGUGAAUUAUGGAUUUAUGAUUCAAUUUUUAUUAAUUAUGAACGUCUAUUUACAUAAAAUGUUUACACAUGUAAAUAAAUAUAUAAUUCGUGACAUUAUGUACAAUUUCUAUAUUAUUGUAUUUAUUGACGCUAACUAAGCGAAUAUUACUACUAUCUCGUGAUAUUUAAAUACGAAGAAUACUUUUUUUUAAUUUACUCUUUUUUUUCCGUGAUUGGUGUUUUGCUUUUUGCUCGUAUUUUUUUACGGUUUAAUUUUUAUUAUAUAUAUAAAAUAUCUUGCGAGAGACACCAAAACGCUUUAGAAACUCUUAACAUAAAUAUAUAUGAUUCUUAAACUCGUCUUUUCUAAAAUGCUUGACCAUGUGCCAAGACUACUUUCCACUAGUGCUUCGAUUAUCGUUUUGUUUUUUUUUUUGUUUGAUGGAAGAAAAUUUUCUUUUCGUACAUUUAUGUAUAAUAUAUAAUUUCAACAUGAACAAUUUCAAGAAGCAAUAUUAAAUAUAUAUAGAUCUAUAUGUGUAUAUAUAUACUCUCUUUCUGUUUCUGGCUUUUCACCUCCCAAAAUAUUAUUUUAUUCUUUUAAAUUCGUUAGCAGGAUAAAUCCAAAUAUUGUACUAGACCACUAAUUAAAAUUUCUAAUUCUAUUAACGAAAUAUUUAACACGAGAAUUCGGAUUUUCUAGUUAUUUCAAUUAUUUUAAGGAUAAUUAAUGUCUUUUUUUUAAACAUUUUUUUAUUAGAAUAAAAAUAUUUGAAUGAUUCAAAAUUUGAACAAUUAAAAAAAAAUGUUUAGUGUUGAUUAAUUAAUUCCAAAUCCUCGUUAAAGGAAAUUAUGGUUAUCCUGCUUUGAUUUUAUAACUUCUUUUUCUACGAAAAUAUUUUAAUUUACAAUUUUUAAAUUGCUUCCAUUAUAGUGAUUAAAGAUACAUUUAUGGCAUCACUAGUCGAGACAUUCAAAUUAUUCAUAUUUCUUUAAAUUUUUGAACUAUCAAAAAUAUUAAAUUGACAGUUUCUAAGAAAUAGUAUUAAAAAUAUUUAAAAACAUUUUUUAUCUGUUACUCUGUUAUGUCGUUUCAUAAAAUUUUAAAUUCUAUUUCCUUUCGUUGAUUUAAAAAUUAAUUUUUGAGAAUUUUUAGUUUCGAUUAAUGAAGUCAUAAUGCAACUCUCAACCGUUUAAAUCUGAUAAUAUUGUUCUCAAAAUCAAAGUAUUAUAUACUUAUAAUUCUAUAAAUAAAAAAAAAAAAAAAAAUUCCUACCAUGAAGUGAAAGAGAUUUUCAUUAUACUUUGAUUUUUCUUUUUGUUAAAUUUGUCUGGUCGUCGAAGAACGAUAUGUAUACCACAAUAUUAUAAUGGUAUAAUUCUUGUUCCAUGUUAAUUGCAUUUAUGAAUAAAAAUAAAAAUAUAUUCAUUUAUUUAUCAUUUGUGUAUUGUCAUAUAUGAGAAUUUUGAAUUUGAACUAUCGAUUUAAAUAGAAGAAAAAAUCCUCUUCUUCCCAGUAAGAAAUGUUUAAUAUUUUUUGUGAAUAAAAAAUAUGAAUUUAUCUUUUUAUAAGCUAUGUGUAAAACACAUUCGAGAUUUAUUGAAAAUUAAUUUAUCUCUAAAAUGAAUUAUUGUAAUUGACAACUAUAUUUAAAGCCAAAGCUUUUUUUUUUGCAAUUCACGCGAAAAAGAGAUUAAAUUUUAUUGAAUGUAUUUUAUUUUGAAGUGUAAUAAUUUUUUUUUUUUCAAAGAACAAGAGAGGAAGACAUUUUAAAUUCUAAUUUUUAUAUAUUUGAUUGAAUAUUUUGGUGUUUACUUGUUAUGAAAAUGAGUUGGAAUACUCUUUUUUCUCUAAAUAAUUUCUCUUAGAUUUAAAUUUAAUUUUUGCUAAUUUUAAUUUAAUGAAAUUUCAUGAUAGAUUUAAUGUAACCGCAAGUAAUGUAAAAAAUAGUUAAAAGUAAAAUCUUUUGAAGCUUUAAUAUACACAAUUUUUACAUAUAAGUUUAUAUCGUAUUUGUUUCACCAACACUCGUGUACAAUAAGAAGGCAAUUUUGAAAAGGAAUGUUUUUUUAGAUAAGAUGUUUUUUUUAUAAAAAAAAAAAAAAUUAAACGUUCUAGAAAACAAAAAUUUGUAUAAUUUAAAAUUGUAAUACUUAUUUUCCCUUAUUUACAACAAAGCUACAUUUUUUUCUUAACAUUAAAAAUUUAGAAUUUCUCAAGAAUAAACUUUGGUUCAAAAUACUUUACACGAAUCGACAUCGCUCAACAAUAAUUAAUUGAAUGAACGAUAUUCAAAUGAAUCUCGCUGUCACCAAUUUUAAAAUAUAAAACAGUAGAUAAUAAAACAGAAAUAUCAAAAUCACUUUUGUUUAACAAAAAAAAAAAAAAAAAACAUAA